AUGCCCCUUAUUGUCUGCAUACAUGGAGCAAGCUAUGACUCGAAGUAUUUCGAUAUCGACUUUCAGCAUUCCAUAUUCACGCUCGGAGAGACUCUUCAGAUACCCGUCGUUGCGUUCGAUAGACCAGGAUACGGUGGUAGCACGGCCUACCCGGAUCCAAAAGUCAAGAAUGAAGACCUCGAAAGACGGGGCACUACAUUCGUUCAGGAACAAGGGAAAUACCUCAACUCAACUGUUCUACCAGCAGUGUGGAAAGAGUUUGGGUCUGGUGCAUCCAGUAUGGUAGUAUUGGCACAUUCGAUAGGGGGGAUGAUAGCCAUCGUGGCCGCUGCAGAACCGAAAGAGUAUCCACUUGCAGGGCUGGUCGUGUCUGGAAUUGGGUGCAAGAGCCAUAUGCAUGAGUCGCUGAAUUCAAGUCGCAGAAAUGGAGGGUAUAGCCGUGAAAACAGCGGCAGUGACCAAAUAGACGAGCAGCGAACGCAUAUCCGUUUCAAUCCUAAGGUGAAGGAUAGACUGAUGCUUAACUUUCCGCCCAAAGCAAAUGAAGUACUGCUUGUUGACCCAAAAAUCACCUCGUACACAGAGGUCCUUAACAACCCGGUUCCCUUGGGUGAGCUACAUGAUGUUCGCACGACGUGGCAGAGCUACUGGUGCUCGUAUGCCGAGCGGGUUACUGUGCCUUUUCUAUACGCGGUGGGUGACCAGGACGGCUUUUGGGACUCAUCGGAAGAAGGCACCAUGCAAUUCACCGAAGUAUUCCGGACAAAGAGUCCCAAAGUUGAGAAUGUGGUCAUACCUAUGGCGCCUCAUUGUAUGGAGAUGAGCCUGCAGGGAACGGCGUGGCUGUUACGUUGUCUGGGAUUCGCGAUCGAAUGCAGCAUGGGUCAAGCGUUCUGGGGUAGUAGGGAAUAG